AUGGCUGACGAAGAACACGUUUUCGAAACCGCUGAUGCUGGUUCCUCCGCUACUUACCCAAUGCAAUGUUCCGCUUUGAGAAAGAGUGGUUUCGUUGUUAUCAAGGGUAGACCAUGUAAGAUUGUCGAUAUGUCUACUUCUAAGACUGGUAAGCACGGUCACGCUAAAGUCCAUUUAGUUGCCUUGGAUAUUUUCACCGGUAAGAAAUUGGAAGAUUUAUCUCCAUCUACUCAUAACAUGGAAUGUCCAUUCGUUAAGAGAACUGAAUAUCAAUUGUUGGAUAUCGAUGAUGGUUACUUAUCUUUGAUGACCGCUGACGGUGAAACUAAGGAUGACAUCAAGGCUGCCGAAGGUGAAUUAGGUGACACUAUGCAAACUGCUUUCGAUGAAGGUAAAGAUUUGAUGGUUACUGUUAUCUCCGCCAUGGGUGAAGAAGCUGCCAUCUCUUUCAAGGAAGCUCCAAGAGCUGAUUAA